CAGUUAGCGCUGAAAGGUGUGGAGGAUCUUCUUAAAAGAACAACUGUGGACAUCAUUGCCAGACAGACAAGCAAACAGACAAAGGCCAGUUCAUUCCCUUUGCCUCAUGAAUUUCGUUGUGAUACGCUGUAGUACUACUACAGGAAUCCGUCGCUCGGCUCCAUAAUGACGAACUAUGAAAAGAGGAAAAACUAAUCUUAUGAAAUCCUCUUGAACAGCCAAAACAAAAAUUGCUUUUGAUGGAUUAACACCGAAUGAGGCAUUCUUCUUCAUUCAUUAACAGCCAACUCGCGCUGCAAGAGUUUUCCACAUCAAAAGUCACUUUCACGCCGAACAUGAAGCCCAUUGAAGAUUUCCCAUCUGCGACUCAAUUGUAGAAGGAGGCUGGUGCCAACUGAGUAGGCCUACCGCAUAUCACAAACAUGUCGGGGGUGGCGGUGGCACCAGAAGGCGUCCGACCGAGUCACAACUCGGCCUUCAGCGCAGUCGUCAAGAAAAGCUUCUCCUCCUUCUCCGUAGAUUCCAUCCUGGCCCCAGAUUCAUCCAGACCCUCCAGAGUCGAGGACGGGCCCCCGAAACUGACCUCCCAUGACCUGUGCGACUCUCAAGAUGCGUGUGAUCUGGAGAGCGACCGCGAGACAGAUCCCGCCUCGCCCUUGAGACCACACGACAGAGGCAUGACGGUGGAGGAGUCCGAGGACGACCUCCACGAGGACGAGGCUCUCAGCGAAGACUGCCCGGGGGAAUUGGGAGUACUCAAACCGACCACCCUCCUGGAGGGCCCUCCCCCGAGAGACCUACCCUUCCCGCCUGCAGCUUCCGUCGGAGGGCAUCCCCCUCCGUCCCUCUUACCUCCAAACCUACAGCCUGCGCUCUGGCCGCCUCUGCACCUUCUGCACCAUCAUCUCGCCCUGAGGGCAUUUAACAAAUCUCCGGAGCCGCCAAGAUUCACGGGACCUAUGAAGGUAAACUUGCGAAAGCACAAACCCAACCGGAAGCCCCGAACCCCCUUCACGACGCAGCAGCUCCUGUCGCUCGAGAAGAAGUUCCGUGAGAAACAGUACCUGAGUAUUGCCGAGAGAGCGGAAUUUUCAGCGUCUCUCAACUUGACAGAGACCCAGGUGAAGAUAUGGUUCCAAAACCGGAGAGCCAAAGAAAAGCGUCUGAAAGAAGCCGAGUUGGAGCGACUCCGCUUUGCCUCCCGUCCUCUCCUUCCGCAGAGCCCCAUCAUGCCUCCAUCCUCGUUCAUACCCCAUCUCCUUCUGGCUCACUCCUUUCCACAUCUCCACCACCAAGAGGUGCGGCCGCCAGGGGGAGCUUACGCCCCCUCUUCAUCCGGAAGCUGAGACUUUCGGGGAUUCCUACUAUUUUUUGCCCAGCGAUAUCGGAGAACGACUGCGUGACGUCACCAGGCUCCUGAUGAAGGGUACUACAGGAAAGAGGCUCCUAAACCGUUUUCCAAAUUCACUUAAGCAUCCGACCGCAAGUGGAUUUCAUUUCUUACUUCAAUCGACUCGCCUAUAAAAUUCUAUAGAGAAUUAACCGUACUUUUUAAAAAUACAUAACACUAUUCUUGUCCACUUAGAGUGUAAAUGUGAUAUGGGUUGUUCUUUGUGCGCACUUUUCUUAUCAUUUUUAGUUACUUCGAUGAAAACUAGAUGUGGUUUGGUUGUAGUUUUACUGAUGGGCUUAUCAGAGCUGAAAUGUCGACUUUACUUCCACAAAGAACUCCAAGUUUUCUCUAUCAUUUUUGUGACUUUCAUAAGCCCUUCAUUGUCAUCUAUCCUCUUAAUUAUUGCUAUGGACUGUUUUGAAAUGCACUUUAUUUUUUGUUAUUAAUGAUGCGUCAAUAAAUUUAUCAAUAUUUCCCAAUAGCAUUUGACUAUUUCUUUUUAUUUCAUGACGCACACUACAGGAAAGAGUCGUUAUAGCU